AUUUGCUACAGAUAUAUAAGACAAAGUUUGGGCAAGGUGCUUCAAAGUUAAAGCGGUCCUUGUUACAACUGUGCAUAUUUACAAGUCGCAUCCUUGCUGAACAAUAUGGCUUUUUUGCUUCCAUCUGCGUCCGUAUUCUUUGUCUUAAUGAUGAUGACAACUCAGUAUGCCAUUUCUGUUAAUGCAGAGGCUACAAAUGAAGAACAUCACUCUGUUGUGAAACGAGCAAUUGUGUACGGCCGAGUGGCAUUUUCUGCCUACCUUUCAAGUCGCACGACGUAUCUUGAUAAUGAAAAGAUUGUAUUUGACUCCGAGGUAAUUAACGACGGAGAAGCCUAUGACAAAAGUUCCGGUAUAUUUACAGUUCCGGCAACCGGCACCUACCUAUUUGCUUUCCAGUUCGAGGACUGGUCCAACACUGACCAGCAAACGGCAUACCUGAUGGUGAAUGGAAAUAUAAUUUCAAGCGCCAUUAUAAAGACCUUAGGAAGAAGUACACAGGCGGGUAACACAGUCAUUGUCCAUCUUCACAAAAAUGAUAAUGUCUACGUGCAAGUCAACCUCGGACAAGUUUAUGGAUCUCCUACUGAACGUUACACCACUUUCUCGGGGUAUCUUUUGUAUUGAAAAAAAAAACAUUUGUCUCGAAAUAUUUUGGUAACUCUGUUAUAUGUACAAUAUCUAAAAUGUAAAACAAUAACAGAAUCUGAUUAAACAACUUAUCCAUUUAGUGUUUAUAGUCUUGUACUACAUUUUAAUGUCUUGAUUCCAAUUGUUCAAACAAGCUAGGUAAGUAAAAGCUAAAAGUAGA